UGGUUUCUAUGUCGGCUAUUACUCAUUGCACUUGCAUUGCAGGCCUCGAACAUCACAGUUGCAAAGUGGGCACAAUUUUGUCGUUUUCGGCUUUACAUCAUCAGCACAGAAACCUUUUGGCCAGUUUAAUUCCAUGGAUAUCUAGAAGCUAUAUGUAAUGUAUUCUCUAUUCCUCACUCACUUUCUUCUGAUCGCGUUGCCAGUCCUCGCAGACAUAGACAGAAGUCAGUUUAUGGUAGCAUCUUCACAUCAGACAAAGAUGAGUCGGAAAUCGCAUUCCGAACAGCGGUAGACCGUGCAAACAUAUUGGAGCGGAACGUAGAGUUGGUUCCAAUUGUGGUGUAUGCUAACACCGAUGAUAGUUUCAUCAUGGAAAAAAUGGUUUGCAAUUUGAUUUCCCAAGGAGUAAUCGCCAUUUUUGGACCCAGCACAGGCAGCAGUUCAGACAUAAUUGCCUCAAUAUGCGACACACUCGAUAUUCCGCACAUAGUAUAUGACUGGAUACCCAAUGAAUCUAUCCCAGAUCGGGAACACUCUACAAUGACUCUUAAUGUUCAUCCCGAUAACCUCUUGUUGUCCCAGGGGCUGGCGGAGAUUGUGCAGAGCUUUGCCUGGCGUAGCUUUACAGUUGUCUAUGAGACUGACAAGGAGCUUCAACAACUUCAGGAUAUUUUGCAAGUCGGUGAGCCCAUCAGCAAUCCAACCACAGUAAAACAACUGGGGCCGGGUGACGACCACCGGCCUUUUUUAAAGGAAAUCAAACUCUCUACCGAUAACUGCCUCAUCCUACAUUGUGCCCCCGACAAUUUAUUAAAAAUAUUGCAACAGGCAAAUGAGCUAAAAAUGUUGGGCGAGUAUCAGAGCGUUUUCAUACCACUCCUGGACACCCAUUCCAUCGAUUUUGGUGAACUUUCCGGGGUCGAGGCCAACAUAACUACGGUUCGACUAAUGGAUCCAUCCGAUUUUCACGUGAAAAAUGUAGUGCACGACUGGGAAGAACGCGAAAAACGGGAGGGACGCUACUUUAAAGUCGACCCAAAUAGAGUCAAAUCCCAAAUGAUUCUGCUCAAUGACGCCGUUUGGCUCUUUUCUAAGGGACUUACCGAACUCGGAAUUUUCGAGGAGCUCACCGCUCCCGAUCUAGAAUGUAGGCGAAAAAAACCGUGGCCAUUUGGUAAACGCAUUAUUGAGUUCAUAAAGGCGCGGUCCGAGGAGACUUCGACGGGACGAAUUGACUUUAAUGAGAAUGGACAAAGAAGUUUUUUCACCCUGCGUUUUAUGGAAUUAAACUCUGAUGGCUUUUUGGAUUUAGCCACUUGGGAUCCAGUGAACGGAUUGGAUGUGCUUAAUGACGACGAAGAGAGCGAGAAGAGAGUUGGCCAGAAGCUGUCGAACAAAACAUUUAUUGUAUCCUCACGCCUGGGAGCCCCAUUCCUUACACUCCGAGAGCCCCAGGAAGGUGAAAUCCUGACGGGGAAUUCCCGUUACGAGGGAUACUCUAUAGACUUAAUCAACGAAAUUGCCAAAAUGCUGAACUUUAAGUUCGAAUUCCGAAUGUCCCCCGACGGAAAGUACGGUGCUCUAAAUAAGGUGACCCAGACCUGGGAUGGCAUAGUGAGGCAACUGAUUGAUGGGAAUGCUGACCUUGGAAUCUGCGAUUUGACAAUGACGUCAUCCCGACGUCAGGCAGUUGACUUUACACCUCCAUUCAUGACCCUAGGAAUCAGCAUACUGUUUUCGAAGCCUCCCACACCACCCACUGACUUGUUUUCGUUUUUAUCUCCAUUCUCCUUGGAUGUGUGGAUCUACAUGGGCUCCGCAUAUCUCUUUAUUUCCCUUCUUUUGUUCGCAUUGGCUCGGAUGGCGCCCGACGACUGGGAAAACCCUCAUCCCUGCAAGGAACCCGAAGAAGUGGAGAACAUAUGGUCGAUUAUGAACACUACAUGGCUCUCGAUAGGCUCAUUGAUGGGGCAAGGCUGUGACAUUCUGCCGAAAGCUGCCUCAACUCGGUUGGUCACUGGAAUGUGGUGGUUCUUCGCUCUAAUGAUGCUGAAUUCCUACACGGCUAAUCUGGCUGCCUUUCUAACCAAUUCUCGGCAGGCGAACUCCAUCAACAGUGCCGAGGAUCUGGCUGCACAAAGUAAAAUUAAAUACGGUGCUAUGGCUGGUGGUUCCACAAUGGGGUUCUUUCGGGACUCGAACUUUAGCACUUACCAGAAGAUGUGGACCGCCAUGGAAAGCGCCAGUCCUUCAGUUUUCACAAAAACCAACGACGAGGGCGUCGAGAGGGUACAAAAAGGCAAGAAUUUAUACGCCUUUUUAAUGGAGUCCACCACAUUGGAGUACAAUGUGGAACGAAAGUGCGACCUGGUGCAGAUCGGUGGCUGGCUAGACUACAAGAGCUAUGGCAUAGCAAUGCCCUUCACUCCACUGCUUGCCAGGUUACACAAGUCCAAUGGCCUGAUGGCACUUUGCCCUUUUUAGGCAUUGAUGCGUCCCUAAAGAUUGCAAGUUCGAUUCUCCGUAUCGCAAACAGAUCAGUGCGGCAGUGCUGAAGUUGGGCGAACUUGGACAGCUGGCGGAACUAAAGCGAAAGUGGUGGAAGGAGAUGCACGGCGGCGGGAACUGCGAAAAGAGCGACGAAGAUGGGGGAGACACGCCAGAGCUUGGAUUGGAAAACGUGGGUGGAGUCUUCCUGGUGCUUGGUCUCGGCUUGCUUUCAGCAAUGGUUUUGGGAUGCACGGAAUUUCUAUGGAACGUGAAAUCGGUAGCAAUUGAAGAAAAGAUCUCGCUUAAGGAGGCUUUUAAAUCAGAGGCUUUGUUUGCGGCUAGAAUAUGGAUAACCACUAAACCUGUACAUACAAGUUCUGAGUCUGGAAGCUCAAAUUCGUCUAGUUCCUCGUCAAGCCGCUCCAAGCAUUCUUUCAAGUCGCAGGGAUUGUCAAUGAAAAGCCUUAAAAGCUCAGGAUAUCAGGACGUAGAAGCUUCAGUCCACAGCAAACUAAAAAAAAUCGGUUCCAUGUUCUCACUAAAGUCACAGAAGACAGUCACUCCACCUCCAGAGAUAGGCUGGAAACUGGACAAGUCAACACAAAUCGAUGUAGUUCCAACAUCUGAUGUAGAUCAAGAAUUGAUACCGGAGGUAGAACCACAUCUACCACAUCGGCACCAUCAUCACCAUCAUCAUCGCCAUCAUCAUCACCAUCAUCAACCCGAUCAGGAACAUGAUAGGAAUCCCUCGCCUCCUGAGUAAUAAUUUUGUAAAAGAAUUUUACCCUCGGAUCAAGAAUUGUUUCAGAGCGUACUUUUUUUUUAAAUUCUUAGCUACUUGAUGUAUAAAUUCCAAUUCCUCAAUUAAGAAAUUCUUUUGUGUCGCCACCCAAUAUUGACAAAAUAAAUAAAACCAAUUAAAAGCGG